AUGCACCAUAUUCAAAAAGCCAAAGCUACCAGAACAAGCUCCCCCGACUCUCUACUCAUAAGGAUCCGCACCAAGCCGGAGAAAGCCCAACGGCGCUACCUCACAUCAAGGAGAAGGACUCGAGAGGAAGCAAGACAAGACACCGACAUAGACGAGGCUUGUAUUCCAGAGCAAGAACACAAGUCGCUUCUCACAUCAUGGUUGCCGCGGAUAAGCGCCUGGCUCAGGCCCGACCGCGCCGGUACACCUGACAAGUCCUUUGUGCCCUGUCCCAAAAUCACAUUCCUCGUUGACGGACCCCCAGAUUUAGUCUGUACCAUUUGCAGAGUAUCUGCUUUGAGGCUCUCACCUGAAGGCGACGGCGCUCAUUUGACAGGUCAAACAGACAACGACAACAGGACGCCGGCCAUCAUGCCCUGCGGCCAUCUUGCGUGCGCAGGGUGUUUGUCAACCUGGUUCGAGGAGCACGAUACGUGCCCGUUCUGUCGCCAUCGGUUGGUGUACCGCAAGUGCGGGCACAAGAUACCAAUCAGGCGAAUGUCAGAGGGCAGCAUCUAUCUGAUCCCGGCAACGAUCCCGGACGGUGGUGUCAUCCCAGACCUGUGCUUCUGCUGCCACGAGAAAGAGCUGCGAAGGACAGCAGAGAUCAAACUGAAGGCUUGCCGGCGUAGGUUUCGCACGGCCAAAGGUCGAUACCAGGCUUCGAUGGGGGAUGAGCAGGCUCAAGUGCUGUUGGUGAGAAAGGCCGAGCUCGAAAGGGUCAUGCUGGAUGAGUACCAUGUCACGGCUAUGAGCCACUGGCUGGGCAGCUGGUGA